AUGAGGCAGCCUGAAAAUCCCGACGCUCGGUCUCCGGAGCAUGGCGCAAAUGACGAUAUCGAGGCGAAACCUGUUGUCACCCAGGACACGAUGAGCGAGAAGCAGGAUGUUGAGAAGGAUGUCGAGGAUGGUCGGCGCGGGAAGUCUGCUCAUAUCGAUGCCGCCGUUGCGGCGCGCAUUGCUGACAAUGUCGACGAUUUCAUGACGCUCGUCAACGAGGCCGAUGAGGCUAAUGAGAGGGAACGCGGGAUGACGCUUCGUCAUGCCCUCAAGGUUUAUCCGAAAGCCAUUGGCUGGUCUAUGCUGCUCUCCUCUUGUUUAAUCAUGGAGGGCUACCAGACCGCUGUUGUUGGAUCAGUGAACCUCGCGUACCCAGCAUUCAAGGAUCGAUUCGGCAUCGUCGCGCCAAACGGCGACCGCGUGAUCCCAGCAAGCUGGCAGAACGGCAUCUCUGGCGCCACGAAUGUCGGCGAGAUCAUUGGGCUACAGAUCGCCGGCGUCGUUUCCGAGCGCUGGGGUUACCGCUGGACCAUCAUCAGCGCCCUGGUAGCCGUGACAGGGUUCAUUUUCUUCCCGUUUUUCGCGGGGAAUCUGACCGUGUUCCUCGUCGGCGAGCUCUUCCAGGGGAUGGCGUGGGGCGUCUUCCAGACCAUGACCACGGCGUACGCCGCUGAGGUCUGCCCCGUGCCCCUGCGACACUAUCUCACUGCCUAUGUCAACUUGUGCUGGAUCAUCGGACAGUUCAUUUCGUCUGGGGUCCUUGUCGGACUUGUGUCUCGCACGGAUGUCUGGGGAUAUAAGAUUCCUUUCGCUAUACAAUGGGUUUGGCCUAUCCCUAUCGCUAUCGGGACGUAUCUGGCCCCUGAGUCGCCUUGGUGGUGCAUCCGGUACGGCAAGAAGGAAAGGGCAGAGCAGUCGCUUAAACGCCUUGCACGAAGCUCUGGGUUUUCCCAGCGUGAAGCUGACGCUGCUAUGGCUUUGAUGAUCUACACCGACGAGAUGGAGAAGCAGGUCGCAUCCGGAACGACAUAUUUAGAUUGUUUCAAGGGUGUCAAUCUACGCCGCACAGAAAUCAUUUGCAUGACGUGGCUGGCGCAGACGUUGUCCGGGACGGCGCUGGGCGGUCUGUCGACGUUCUUUUACCAACAGGCUGGUAUAUCGGACAGUGAUUCGUUUAAGUUGAGCUGGGGAAAAGACGCCAUUAAUUUUGUCGGCACUGUCACCAGUUGGUUUGUUCUUAACAAAGUCGGGCGGAAGACGCUUAUGUUCAGCGGCAUGUGUACCAUAUUCGUAUUAUUGCUCAUAAUCGGCUUCCUCGGAAUCCCAUCACCAACCACGACUGCAGAGGCCUGGGCAGCAGGGACCCUAGUCCUCCUGCUCAGCGCGACAGCCAACUUCUCCAUCGGCCCGGUGGUAUACACGAUCGUAUCCGAAGUCCCGUCGACGCGUCUCCGCGCCAAGAGCAUCAUCCUCGCACGCAACGCCUACAACGCCAUCAACAUCGCCUUCGUGAACGUCGUCAGCUACCGCCAGCUUAGCCCGGACGAGUGGAACUGGGGUCUCAAAUCAGGCUUUUUCUGGGCCGGCAUCAAUGCCAUUUUCACGACUUAUAUAUUCUUUCGACUGCCGGAGACAAAAAGCCGUACGUACGCUGAGCUCGACAUUCUCUUUGAGAAUAAGGUGCCCGCGCGAAAAUUUGCGUCUACUAAGAUCGAGACGCUCGUUGCUGGAACCGAGGGCGCGCAGAAGCAGCAAGCGGCAGAUAUUGUUGGCGAGUAA